ACCACAGCCCUUUUCCCCACACUGUUUUCUUCUGCAGCGGAGCCAGGCAGAGCUGCCAAGAAGGGGGAGGAGGGAAGGGUAAAGCCCAGCCAUGUGGGCUGCUCUGGGGCUGGUUCUGGCCCUCUGUCUCCUCCCAGGAGGAGCGACAGAGAUCCAGAACUGCCAGGAGCCCCCAGAAUGGCGUAUUGGGGAGGAGGACCCAAUGCUGAACUCCAGAGGCUUGGUGACGGUGGUGGCUCUCCUGCAGGCUAGCUGAUCAUUGUGCCUGCGGCAGGCUUCCAGUUUGGAGGACCUGCGAGUUAAGUUAGAGAAUGAAGGAUUGUUCAACAUCUCGUAUGUGGUUGUCAACCAUCAGGGAGCUCAAUCCCGGAGAGAAUUUCACCUACUCAAAGAACGUGUUUCAGAUUACAUUACCGUCUACCAGCAAGAUGAGCAGCAAGAUGAUGUCUGGACUACUUUAAAUGGAAAUAAGGAUGACUUUCUCAUCUAUGACAGAUGUGGCCGUCUAGUGUAUCAUCUGGGUCUGCCCUACUCCUUCCUGCAUUUUCAAUAUGUAGAAGAAUCUAUUAAGAUUGCAUACUGUGAAAAYAAGUGUGGAAACUGCUCUUACACGGAACCUGAUAUUGAUGUUAUAUGUGAAAACAUCACUAAGAAAGCAGGUGAAGAGCUGUCAGAGAUAGAAGCCGAGCCAACACAUCAGUACUCCCAUCACCACCACCGGCACAGACCUGGACACCACCACCACCGCCACCACCGCCACCGCCACCACGUGGGCAGUCGCCAUCCCAAACAUGAGAACCACCAGGCUGCUUCUGAAAYGGAAGGACAACAUCCUCACAGCGCCUGGCGUCACAGGGUUUUUGGCCAACACACACACGAUCAGAUAGGUAGUCAGGAGCCCAUAGACACUGCUCCUCCAGCAGAAAUGGUGGAAAUUGCACAAGAUAAAAAAAUACGAAAAAAGGGGAGAAACAGCUGUAAAAACCAGUUAACUUGAAACUGGCUGACAGGAUCAGACUCCACCUCCAGUAGCUGAUCCUGUCAUUGUCGACACCUUUUGUUUGAUGAGCUAGGGAAUUCUGUCACUUGACAGUGUCGCGGAGCACUACCAAAUUCUUGCAGGUGACAUGGGCAGCUGGGAGCAGAGGACAUCACUGAGUCUUGACAGUGACGUCUGCUCUCUGCUGYCUGACAUUCAUCACCAGCAAGAGCAAGUGAAACUAGUGACACCUGACAGUGACAGGAAAAGGUGAGAAACUGAUCCUGAAAAACAAACUAAGCACCUUCCAGACACAAAGGAGUCCCACYAAGUUCAUAUAGUUGCAAGAGCGGAAAAAUUAAGAUUGUUUGUAUUGCCCCAAAUUAAAAAUUAUACUGACAGGUGUGUGAAGUUAAAAUAUUAUAAAGAAUUUUACUUUCAGAGCAGUGCUCUUAGUAUGACAGAACAUCUGUCAAAUUCCAUCAGUGAAAAGCGUAAUGAUUUAAAGGAAUUUAAUUGACUCCUARUUUGUUUGUCAGUUCCACCAGGAAGGUGUCUGCAUUUUUGAUUAAUUUGUCUGUCCUGUUUCUCUUCUAACAUUCUGCUUGCAUUUGUGAAGACAGAAGCAUAAACUAUGACCUAGGGGCUCCUGUCUGAUGUUUUGCAAUCAAGAACAGAAGAUAACCAAGGCAGAUAUUUUAAUCAUUUUUUAYUAAGACAAUAUCUUUGAAAGUUGAGGUUUGGGGUUUUUUCCCUGACCUGGGGAUACAAAUCACAUACAAGCAAAACUUACUCCUAAGCAAUGUGAUAGAAUAACUUCACAUUAAAAAUGUAAUAUACAGGGAGUAACAGCAUUAUCUUCAAGUAAGAGAUUUUUAUGCUUAACUUUUGUGGCUUAGGUACAAUAAGAGGGUCCAUUAAUACAUAGUGCUACACCUUGUAAAAUUCUACUAAAUCAGUAAGAUCAUCCUAAAGUGAGAAGUCGUGUUAACAACUCUGUCAGAAUCAAAAAUAGGGUGGGAUGAAACAAGUUUAAUCUUGGUCUAAUGUUCAUCUUUGCUUAUAACAGUGCUGAAUUUGGCAAAUCUGUAUCAAUUAGUAUGCUAAUAUACCACUUAAACUUGUAUAACUUCUCUGUCUGUAGCCUAGAUUUCCUAGUGAUUGAUUAGCUGAAUGGAAGUAAACCCAGUUGUUUGAAKGAUUUCUGGAUGAAGAAGAGAAUAUUCAUGAAAGACUGCUAUGAAAGCAUACACCAUAAUUAAUGAUGGUUUAAUAGGGAAAUUGCUACUCCUACAAAACCUGAAUCUUUUUAUUGUGAAUGCUGAUUAGCAAGAGAGUAGCCCUGAAUAUACACAGAAUGCAUGCCUUUGGAAUAUCUGACAAGAGUGUUUUCAAUAAAAAAUAUUUUCUUCA